AUGAAGACAUUUGCAAAUAUUUUUCUGGGACUUUUUAUCUUUGAGACUAUUGUGGCUGCUCCUACAAUAGAUACCUUAACUUAUGACUCUGAAACCUAUGAUGUAGCAUUGGAAGACUUGGAUAAUCUUUAUGACUACAAUGAAAACCUCUCCGUGGAUCAGGCAGAGAUAGAGAUUGGAACUGUGUUACCUUCUGUAACUAGAGAGAUUCAUUCCCCACCACCACUGCCAAAAGAAGCUGAAGAAGAAGCAUCAACACCAAAACUAAUUGAUGGUUCUUCACCACAGGGGUCAGGAGUUCUUGGGCCCCAAACACAUGAUGGUCUUCCGACUUGCCUUCUGUGUACAUGUCUGGGGACCACAGUCUACUGUGAUGAUCAUGAACUCGAUGCUGUUCCUCCACUGCCCAAGAAAACCACCCAUUUCUACUCUCGCUAUAACAGAAUCAAAAAGAUCAACAAAAAUGACUUUGCUAAUCAAAACAAUUUAAAGAGCAUUGAUCUGACAUCAAAUUUUAUAUCCGAGAUCGAUGAAGAUGCCUUCAGGGAGCUGCCCCAGCUUCAGGAGUUAGUGCUCCGCGAUAACAAGAUAAGGCAGCUUCCUGAGUUACCGCCUUCCCUCACAUUCAUUGAUGUUAGUAACAACAGGCUUGGCCGCAAAGGAAUAAAGGAAGAAGCAUUUAAAGAUAUGGUUGAUCUGCAUCAUCUUUACAUCACUGACAAUAACCUGGAUCACAUCCCACUCCCACUCCCUGAAAGCCUCCAAGCUCUUCAUCUUCAGAACAACAACAUUCAGGAGAUGCAUGAAGACACUUUCUGCAAAAUGAAAGAUGUUACUUAUGCCCGUAGAGCUCUAGAAGACAUCAGACUGGAUGGCAAUCCCAUCAAUUUGAGCAAGACUCCUUCUGCUUACAUGUGCCUACCCCGUCUGCCAAUUGGUAGCCUCAUCUAA